AUAGGAGUGCAAUGAAAAUGUAAUGAAAUUUGAUAAAAUGAUAUUGUUAGAGUUGGGACUUCCACUGCGCGUCCCCAAUUCUGCGUUGCGACUGCCCAAGUCCUUCCCCUUUUUGUUUCCCGAUGUCGCAGACCGUCGUCCUUAAGGUUGGUAUGUCAUGUGAAGGCUGUGUUGGAGCUGUUAAGAGGGUUCUUACCAAAAUGGAAGGUGUUGAAUCCUUUGAUGUGGAUCUGAAGGGGCAGAAAGUGACUGUCAAAGGCAAUGUACAGCCUGAAGCUGUUCUUCAAACUGUUUCGAAGACAGGCAAAAAGACUUCAUUUUGGGAGGAAGGUACUCCAGCUGAUGCCCCCGCUGCUGCUACUACUGCAUGAUUGCUACCCAUGCUUCUUCUCUAUAUAACUAUCUUCUUAAAUAUCACUCUAUCCAGCUUCAUCAGUGUUAUAUGGAUCUGCUGAUGGCAAUGUUGUUGUGCAUGGGAUUGUCAAUACAUGAUCAGCCCUCCGUUUAGUACAACAGCAUGUUAGUAUUUCGGUGUAUUCAAUAAAAUUAUAAAGCGGGAUAUGGUUUGUGGAUAUUAA